AUGAACGAUACGCUAUCAAGCUUUUUAAAUCGUAACGAAGCCUUGGGGCUUAACCCUCCACAUGGGCUGGAUAUGCAUAUUACCAAGAGAGGUUCAGAUUGGUUAUGGGCCGUGUUUUCAGUCUUUGCCCUUAUUUUGUUAUGCUACGCAGUGAUGUUCUUUAUUGCGGAAAAUAAGGGUUCUAGGUUGACUAGAUAUGCCUUAGCUCCUGCAUUUUUGAUUACCUUCUUUGAAUUUUUCGCCUUCUUCACUUAUGCUUCUGAUUUGGGUUGGACUGGUGUUCAGGCUGAAUUCAACCAUGUCAAGGUUAGCAAGUCCAUAACUGGCGAAGUUCCCGGUAUAAGACAAAUCUUUUACUCAAAAUAUAUUGCCUGGUUCUUGUCUUGGCCAUGCCUUUUAUUUUUAAUCGAGUUAACCGCUAGUACCACUGGUGAGAAUGACGAGAUUUCUGCUUUAGAUAUGGUACAUUCGCUAUUAAUUCAAAUCGUGGGUACUCUAUUCUGGGUUAUUUCACUAUUGGUUGGUUCAUUGAUCAAAUCCACCUACAAGUGGGGUUAUUACACCAUUGGUGCUGUUGCCAUGUUGAUUACACAAGGUGCGAUAUGCCAACGUCAAUUUUUCAAUUUAAAGACCAGAGGAUUCAACGCGCUUAUGCUAUGUACUAGCAUGGUAAUCGUUUGGCUGUACUUUAUCUGUUGGGGUCUAAGUGAUGGUGGUAACCGUAUUCAACCAGAUGGUGAGGCUAUCUUUUAUGGUGUUUUGGAUUUAUGUAUAUUCGCCAUUUAUCCAUGUUACUUGCUAAUCGCAGUCAGCCGUAGCGGUAAAUUACCCAAUUUAUCAUUGACAGGAGGAUUCUCUCAUCACCAUGCUGCGGACGAUGUUGAAGAUGCAGUUCCUGAGACAAAAGAAGCUAAUCCAGAAAGUCCAAGAGCAUCUGGGGAGACUGCAAUCCACGAACCAGAACACGAAACAGAGCAAGCCGUCGAAGAUACUGCUUAG